GCACAUAGGCAUUUUUUCUGGCGAGGACACCACUUCGCGAUGUCGCAAGAUCAAGCUGAUGCGCACUCCUUUUUGUGGAAGAUAGCGGGGGAUAGUCUCAAAGCAGUCGGGCGUUCGAUAAAAGGCCGUUUUACUUCGAUUUUGAUGUCCAUAAAUGCCCAAGACAAGAUACCAUCGGAAGUAACAACGACUGGCCACGAAAGGCUCAUCGACGACGACGUCCGAGGAGUAGGUUCGGAGAUUGACCAAACGAGACCGUGCACAGAAGCUUCGCGGAGCAUCGCUGCCUCGCGAGAGAGCCCCCGAAUUGUCGGGCUGGCCGUCUCUGCAGAUGAAAGGGAGAGGAAGAAAAGAGAACUGAAAUACGAAGAAGGUUUCUUCCAUUGUGCUGUCGCUGGCGUACCGGGUAGCGGCAAAUCUUCCUUACUGAACGCCCUCCGGGGAUUACGCAACAACGAAUUGGGCUCGGCCCCAACUGGCAUCAUGGAAAAGACCAGUGUGACCAUACGCUACGUCGACCAGAACACCGCUAUGCAUCUCCCAUUCGCCUGGUAUGACAUUCCAGGUGCGGGCUCGCUCACUGUCCCAGAGUGGACGUACUUCAAGGACCAGGGCAUGUACAUCUUCGAUGCCGUUAUCGUCCUCGUCGACACGCGCUUCACGGAGACGGACAUCGCCAUCCUCAGGAACUGCAAAUUGUACAGGAUCCCUGCCUUCAUCGUCCGCUCCAAGGCAAACCAGCACAUUCGGAAUAUCGUCGACGAUCUAGCGCGACAGGAAGACGAGUCUGACUCGCAGAUAUGGGAGCGAGCACGACAGCAUUUCAUUCGGAGAACCAAGGAGAACAUUAGAAGGAAUCUCGAGGGCGCACAGCUACCCCCCAUGAAGGUGUACAUCGUUGACAAGGAGCCGAUGGUGCAGAUUGUCAUGGAUUGGGAUCAUUCGACGGAAACGAAGCCGAGCGGACUCAUCCAUGAAGAAGAACUUUGGCUCGAUCUGGUAAAGGAAGCCGGCGAUAAAAGUCGAUUGAUCAAGUAA